AUGUCUAUCUCAAUUCCAUUUGGUGUUGACUUGGGUAACAACAACACCGUCAUUGCCUGUGCUAGAAACAGAGGUAUUGACAUCAUUGUCAAUGAAGUUUCCAACCGUUCCACCCCUUCCUUAGUUGGGUUUGGUUUGAAAAACAGAUCUAUUGGUGAAGCUGGUAAGAAUCAACAAACUUCUAACUUAAAGAACACUGUUGAUAACUUGAAGAGAAUUUUGGGUUUGUCUUAUAAUGACCCAGACUUUGAAACUGAAAAGAAGCAUUUCACUGCUGCUCUUGUCGAGGGUAAAGAAGGUGAAGUUUCUGCUAAAGUUAGAUACUUGGGUGAACAACAAGAAUUCACUGCUUUACAAUUAACUGCUCUGUACCUUAACAAGAUUAAACAAAUCACUCAAAAGGAAACCAAAGGUAACAUUGUUGACAUUUGUUUGUCUGUCCCAGUCUGGUACACGGAAGUCCAAAGAAGAGCUGCAUCUGAUGCUUGUAAAAUUGCUGGCUUGAACCCAGUAAGAAUCGUCAAUGAAGUCACUGCUGCUGCUGUUGGUUACGGUGUUUUCAAGCAAAAUGACUUGCCAGAAGAUGCACCAAAGAAGGUUGCCUUUGUUGAUAUUGGUCAUUCUUCUUACCAAGUCUCCAUUGCUGCUGUCAAGAAGGGUGAAUUGAAGGUUUUGGGUUCUGCUUAUGACAAGCACUUUGGUGGUAGAGACUUUGACCUUGCUAUUGCUCAACACUUUGCUAAGGAAUUCUUGAGUAAGUACAAGAUUGAUAUCAACACCAACCCUAAAGCUUUCUACAGAGUUUUGACUGCUGCUGAAAAAUUGAAGAAGGUUUUAUCUGCCAACACUCAAGCUCCUUUCAACAUUGAAUCUCUUAUGAACGAUGUUGAUGUUUCUUCUUCCUUGACUAGAGAAGAAUUGGAAGAAAUGGUUCAACCUUUGUUGGCCCGUGUUCAUGUUCCAAUUGAACAAGCCUUAAAGACUGCCGGUUUGACUGCUGCUGAUAUCGACUCUAUUGAAGUCAUUGGUGGUUGUACCAGAGUUCCUUCUUUGAAGGCGAAGUUGGGUGAGCUUUUCAGCAAGCCUUUGAGUUUCACCUUGAACCAAGAUGAAGCCAUUGCUCGUGGUAAUGCCUUCAUCUGUGCUAUGCACUCUCCAACUUUGAGAGUCAGACCAUUCAAGUUUGAAGACUACAACCAAUUCUCUGUUUCCUACUUCUGGGAUAAGCAAAAUGAAGAUGAAGACCAUUUGGAAGUGUUCCCUCGUGGAGGCUACUAUCCAUCUACUAAGGUUAUUACUUUAUUCAGACAAGGAGACUUUGAAAUUGAAGCUAAAUAUUCCAAGCCAAGCGAAUUACCAAAGGGUACUCCUUUGGCUAUUGCCAAGUGGGAACUUAAGGGCGUUGUUCCAGAAAAGGGUGAAGAUACCAUUGCUACUAAGAUUAAGUUGAGAAAUGAUCCAUCUGGUUUCUACACUGUUGAAAGUGCUUACACUGUUGUCGAAAAGACUGUUAAGGAAUUGGUUGAACCAAAGGAAGGUGAAGAAGUUGCUGAAGAUGCUGAACCUGAAUACCGUGAAGUCAAGAAGUUGGUCAAGAAGAAUGACUUGGAAAUUUUAACUUUCAGUUCUUCUCUUGCUGAUGACGUUAGAAACAUUUUGAUUGAAAAGGAAAACACCAUGACCAUGGAAGAUAAGUUGGUUGCUGAAACUGAAGACCGUAAGAAUGCUUUGGAAGAAUACAUUUACGAUUUGAGAGGUAAGUUGGAAGCUCAAUACGCUGACUUUGCCAGUGAAGAAGAAAAGACCAAGUUAACUGGUAUGUUGCAAAAGACCGAAGACUGGCUUUAUGAUGAUGGAUAUGAAUCCACCAAGGCUAAGUACAUUGCAAGAUACGAAGAAUUGGCUGCUUUGGGUAACUUGAUCCGUGGUCGUUACUUGGCAAAGGAAGAAGAAAAGAAGCAAGCUAUAAGAGAAAAGCAAGAAGCAAAGAACAUGGCUGAAUUGGCUGCUAAAUUGAAUGCUCAAAGAAAGGGUGAUGCUCCUGCUGAUUCUGAAUCCACCCCUGCUACUGAUGAUGGGGACAUAGAAAUGACUCAAUAA